AUGUACCCAAACAGAAAUAUUGGGUUUUACCCUGGCAGAGAUACAGUGAUAAAUCGAAACUCUUAUGACCCAGACCCAUCUCCAAACCAUCUAUCCCAAAUCCCUGAUUAUUAUAAUUCUAAUGUCUAUGCUUCAGUCCCUCAAUAUCAAGCUCAACCUCAAUACAUGUACGACCCAAACCAAUACUUAGCCAAUGCUCCUACAUUUUACCCCGGCUCAUUUGAAUACCCUCAGCGCGACUUUCCUUCACUUGUGCAGGCCAAGCCUCAAGUUUACCAAGCCAAAGAAUAUUUUCCACCCGGCCUUUCCCAACCCUUGCCGCCUAAUGCCUAUGGCAUUCCCCCUGGGAAUUUCGAAGAGAAGCCUCGGACAUCGCUUAAAGCUCCUAAUCCAAAUGCUCAAAGUUUUAUUCCUAGUAACUUAUUCCCAUCUCCUUCUCCAUCACCUCCUCCACCUCCUUCUCCUCCUCCAAUCCCUAACAAAGAUGAAGAAGAACUGUUAAUUUAUGGAGUCCGUGGGAUUUCUGCAAUGCAAAAAAACUUUGAUAAUGAUAUAGCUUUAUUAAGCAGGGGAAGAGAUCUUACCAAGCUUGGGCUUAAUGUAAAAGGCAAUGAAAAUCUUGCAUCUACUUUACUCAGCGUCAUGCAGGAAGGAGAGCUUGAAGCCUCAGAACAAGUGGAAUUUGUACUGCCGUCGUGCUACCUUAUAAAUAAGCCUCUGCUGAAAAUGAAGACUUUGGGGUUAUUAAGCAGUUGCAGCUUAUUUUAUAUGUUCUAUAACAUGCCUGGAGAAAUCAUGCAAGCUUUGGCAGCGGAAGAGCUGUAUAAGAGGGACUGGGUUUAUGCGCCAACUAGACAAGUUUGAUAUUUAAUGACUCCGGGAGACUGUAAAAUGUUUGAUACUAUGAACUGGGAAGUUGUCGCAGCAAACCGUCCAAAUGUCACUUUUCUCACAAAAGAUGAGGUAAAAGUCAAACGUCCGAUAUCUUAA